AUGGCCCCAAUAAUUGAUUUCGAAAACUUUCCUGGAAACAUUGUGAACAAUGAGUUCCUCCCAACAUCCACUACCAGGCACUCGAUCAAUCCAUCCACCGGCGAGCCGCUGUAUGAAGUUCCCGUGGCGACCAAGGAUGACCUCGAUGCGUCAGUGGUACAUGCCCAGGUUGCAUUCAAAACCUGGUCCAGGACGUCCUUCGCAGAGCGUUCUGCACUUCUGCUCAAGUUUGCGGACGCCAUUGAGGCGGAUAGACGUGAGAUAGAGAGGCUAGACACCCUCGAAUCGGGAAAGACGAUAAGCCUGUCCGGCGUCGAGCUCACCAUGACAAUCGCAUGGCUUCGAACCUUUGCUACAAUGGAAAUAAAGGACGAGCUGUUAGACGAAAAUGAUGAGCGGACUAUCUAUUCGACGUUCCCUCCUAUUGGAGUUUGCGCUGCAAUCGUUCCCUGGAAUUGGCCGGUACUACUAGGUCUGGGUAAGGUUGGCCCUGCGCUAAUAACAGGCAAUUGCAUCAUCGUGAAACCAUCGCCGUAUACGCCGUAUUGCGAUCUAAAACUGGGCGAAAUCGGGAUGUCCAUAUUCCCGCCAGGCGUCUUCCAAGUGCUCAGCGGAAAUGACGACCUCGGCCCUUGGAUCACUGAGCACCCAAGUAUUGGCAUGGUGUCGUUCACGGGGUCCAUCCCCACGGGCAAACGCGUGGCCACAAGCUGCGCAAAGACCCUGAAGCGCUACGUUCUAGAGCUCGGCGGAAAUGACGCUGCCAUCAUCUGCGACGACGUUGAGAUCGACAAGUGCUUGCCAAAGAUCACACAAUUGUCCUUCUUGCACUCUGGCCAGAUAUGCAUGGAUGUAAAACGACUAUACAUCCAUGAAAAGAUAUAUGAGCAGUUUCGAGAUGCCAUGGUCGACUAUGUCAGGAAGAACCUUCAGACUGGCAAUCCCCUCGAGGAGGGUACCUUCAUUGGCCCUGUACAGAAUGGGAUGCAAUUUGAACUAGUGAAGGACAUGUAUGCACAAAUUGAGAAGCAAGGCUGGAAGGCUGCGCUCGAGGGCAAAGUCCGUGAGACGUCGAAGGGCUUUUUCGUUGAGCCAGCAAUCAUCGACAACCCCCCUGAAGACUCCCGCAUAGUGACGGAGGAGCCGUUUGGCCCCAUAGUUCCAUUGCUGAAGUGGUCAGCCGAAGACGAUGUCAUCGAGCGUGCAAAUGCGCUGGAGACCGGUCUCGGAGCCUCGGUUUGGAGCAAGGAUCUCGGUCGCGCAGAACGACUGGCCAGACAAUUGAGUGCUGGCAGCGUCUGGAUUAACUCGCAUUUUGAUACUGCGCCAAACGUGCCUUUUGGGGGCCACAAGCAGAGUGGUGCUGGGAUGGAGUGGGGGGUUGAAGGGCUCAAACACUAUACGAAUUCUCGAAGCUUGUGGGUGUGGAAAAAGGUGUUCGAAUGA